AUGGAUCCUUUAGUAAUUCUUCAACACCCAAAUUGUCGGUGCUACGUGUUUUCCAGCGCGAAGAGAAUCCACGGGGUUUUCAAAUCGCCCAAUUUUCCUGCCCCAUACCCUGAUCAAAUCGACUGCAUUAUCUACCUGUUCCAGGGUGGCGCCUGCGAAAUUGUGCAGAUCACGUUUCUAACCAUCGAACUCGCUCCACCUCGCGUCGAUGUAUGCUUCGAUUACGUUGCCAUAGUCAAUUACAAUGAAACAAGGUUAUCAAUGUCGCAACAACGAAAAACAUUGACUUCCUCCGAUGUCGUCAGACGCCAAAGUGUUCCACCAAGUGUCCUUUGUGGAACACUCCCCAUGUUGAAAAAGACCACUUUCUUUUCCGAAACCAAUUCCCUUGCUCUGGUCUUCCAUUCAACUACUCGAGCCCCUCUUGAGCAAUCAAAGCAAAUGUCCGGUUUCCAAGGCACCUUCCUUUUUCUAAAUUCAAGUAAUUACAAAGUGAACGGGGAUCAUUUACGAGGCACCGAGUGCUCCUAUGUCAUCCAGAGCUCUCAAUCAAAACGCCUCCUCGUGAGUGGUCGAAUCGUUUCGCCACGGUUUCCUAACGACUACCCACCGAACGUGCGCUGCGCAUACACCUUCCUUGGCAGGCGCAACGAACGAGUCGUGAUUGCCGUUCGUUUGUUGCAGCUGAGGCACCUGGAUGGUGCGGGCAUUAACAACGGGACAUCAACGAGCUGCGUCUACGAGACGUCGCCGUUGUCCAGCUUUGAUCGAAUUCUUAUCCACACACUUCCAAAGGAGCGCUGGACGGAGCCGGUUCUUUUUGCACGGCUCUGCGGCUCACUGACAUCCUUUCAGAUAAUUUCAGAGGAACCGAGUCUCCAGCUUACUUUCAUUUCACUGCCUUUUGGGCCAAAAAACGGACGAUUUUUGAUGGAGUAUGUCUUUGUUAAAGGAACGAGCGUCAAGCCGAGCAGUUGGACGCCCACUGUUCCUGCGUUCUUUGAACAGUGGUCAAUGAAACAGAGCACACAAGAGGUUUUUAACUACUUGCAGAGUGCUCAACCUUCCAACACGCAGAACAUGGAAUUAGCCUGCAAUUCUCUGGAAACGCUCGAAACGAUUAUUGACGCCUAUAAGGCAGACGAAGGGAGCCUAGCUUCACCGAAGUUCCCUGAGCUUUAUCCAAAGUGCAUUAAUUCAACGUACUACUUCAGGGGAAGACCGGGACAAAGGGUGUUUCUACGAUUUGUCCUUCUUGAGCUUGGUGACACUGAACGGAACGAAUUCGAAUGCAGCAAACCCGACCAAUUGAGUUUAGUUGUCGCCGCCUUGGAAAGUGGUCUUGGCCGACACUGUUUAAUCAAAAUGAUUAAGUGUACCAACCAUCUUCCUAGAUGCAAGGAAGACACGGUGCACCGUGGAGACCGCUUGUAUUUCUAUGACGGGUCCUCAACCCACUUGCCAGUUCAGCUGAGCGUCUGCGGAAGUCCACAGUCUGUCUUUCGACCAGAGACAGACAAGGGUCUACCGACGGAUCAAAACCUAGCAAUCGCCUCGUCGGGCAGCCACUUCACCAUGCUCUUCGCGUCGGACGAAUUUGUGGGGAAAUUCGAGUUUGGUUUCCGCUUGGAAUACCAUUUUAGGGAUUUGAUCUCCUGGGAUGCGCAUGAUGGUGAACAAAAAACUCCGAACUCGCAGUACAACAUCACAAAUGACAAAAAAGGCAGACUAGUAUACUUCAAUUAUCCGCACAAAACGAUAAGAAUAACCUCAAUUUCCAAAUUAGCAACUAUGGAUAUUCCUCUAUACAUAAUCAUUGGUGAGUUGCGCUAG